UUUUUAGAACUGCUACAAAUAUUAUAUGAGUGAGAACAUAAACUGCAAUUCUGAAGGAAUUGGUGAGCAGUGCAGAUGGUGUGCAGAACGUGGAAACCUAAUUUGUUGUGACUCUUGCGAUAAUGCUUUUUGCAAAAAAUGCAUUUCCCGCAAUCUAGGGAAAAAAGAAAUCUCAAAAAUAAUGGAUGAAAACAAUCAGUGGCAGUGCUAUAUUUGCCACCCAGAACCUUUGUUAGAUUUGGUUGCAGUCUGUGACUGUGUAUUUGAGGAUAUAUCACUUUUGAGGCAACAGAAUAAAAAGAAGCUAAAGUCUGCAAGUGAAAAGAGUGGUAAGACAUGUAACCAUCCACCUAAAUUCUACUCCACCACAAAAGAAGAAGAAAAACCUCAGUUAGAUGAUUUUCACUCAGAUGCUGUAACACAUUCUUUUUCAUCAUUAAUGGUUUCAAAAGACUUGAUUACAAAGACUGAAACACUACUUGAGAACACUACAGUUAUGAAGUCUAGUUUUGUGACAUUUUCAGAACAAAUAGCCAGCAAUUCAGAAAUGAGCUCAAAUACUAUGUUAAAUCAAUUGAAAGGUGUUAGAUCUGUAAGGAAUGACAUAAGUAAGGCUCAUAAGGCAUUAGAAGAAUGCUUGAACAAGGAGAUAAGCAGCUUGGUUGUUAAAGAAAAGAAAGAAAAUAGCAAAGAAGGAAAACAUGAGAAUGCUAAAAAAGAUGCCAAAAUUAAAAAUGUAGAUAAAAAAUAUGAAGUGGAAGAUAUAUUUGCUACAAAAACAAAAAGGUUUCCAAAUGACAAAACUGAUGCAGAAAUUAUAGUUCCAACAGCAACAACUGGUGAGGUUAAGAAUACAAAUGAAUUUCAAUAUGAACCUGCAUGUACUUCUAAAUCUUUAGAUAUGGACAUUCUAUCCAUUCCUUCUUCAAGACCUGAAGAUAUUUUUGAGAAUCAAGAAAGUUCUAUCAAUAUCCAGAAUGAUGAAAAUACUGAAAUAUAUAAGGACACAGAAAAUUCCCUUUUAGAAACAAAUGAAUCUUCAAAGUUGAUAUUAUUAGUCAAGAAAACAGAAGAGGAAUAUCAACAGGAGAGCAGUAUUCCAGGAAAUACUGAAGUCAUCCCUGAUAAUGACACUGCACUAUUUAACGAGGAAACUGACCUUCAAAGAUCACCGCUUGUGAAAACAACAUCUUCAAUUGGACACAUAGAAAAGGAGCUUGUAACAUCUAAUUCAGAAGAAAGUGGUGAAAAACGUAAACCAAGAUCAUCAGGGCAGUGGGAAAAAGAAGGUAGACAAGUUUUUUUGCCUGAUGCUGAAGAAAAAUUCAAGUUAAUUAAUAAAGAAACCAGUUCAGAUGCAGAUGAAAAGUCAGCUUUGUGGAAGGAGGCUGCCAAGGAGGAUAAGAGUUCUUCAGAGUCUGAUACUGAUUUAAAAUACGACAGUAUUCAGAAGAAAAUUGUAUACAAGGCAAAGCAUCAUGAGCUUAAAGAUCAUAAAGGGAAACGAAAAAGAGAAGAUUCCACUUAUAAUUCAGAUAAUGAUAACAAAAAAGGUGAAGUGUCUGAAAAUCCCAAGAAACAGCAGGAAGAAAAUGAUAUUUUAUCUUCAUCUGACAUGUGGGAUAGUGGAGAUGAAACGAACACUACAUCUGUUCCUGUUUUAAUGGAAGAAGAUGAUGAUGAUCCUGAGAAUUGGAUUACCAAGAAGACUCUCUUAGAAGAAAUAAAAGCCAAUUUUUCCUCAGAUGAAAGUGAAGAAUCAGAUGAUACUAAAAACAUUACUGAAAAGAAAGAUGAAACAAAUACAAGAAGUGAGGGGAUUUGUGAAAAAAGCAAUUUGAAAUCUGAUUCAGACUCUGAGGAAAUUAAGAAGCUGAAAUACAGAUCCCCACUGGUUACAUACAAUCUAAAUAUAAGUGGUGGAGAAUCUGCAGAAGAAACAAAAGAAAGCAAACACAGAAAGAAGAGGAAAGUGAGCAUGGAUGAUUCGGACUGA